AUGAAGCUACGACUCCAGCAGGUUCAACAGGCUGAACAGGAAGAAAACCAGUCCAAGGGCAACCUGGAAGGAGAAGGGGAUAGCCACAGGAGAGAUACCCCUCAAAGGCCAACUACUCCGGACGAGCAGAACUCAGAUCUUCUUCGAGAAAUGAGGAAGGAGAUGGACGAACUGAGGAGCGCCAUUAAGGAGAAGACGGAUCAAAGUGUAGAUAGAAUGGUAAGGGCUAUGGACUCGCCUUUCACCACGGCGGUACUUGAAUGCCCUGUACCGUCAAAGUUUUGCUUACUUCAACUUGAGCCGUUCGACGGACUCAGAGACCCCCAGGAUCAUCUUAAUACCUUUAAGACGACUCUAGGUCUUCAACAACCACCUGACGAGAUACUGUGUCAUUCCUUUCCUACCACUCUCAAAGGAGCUGUAAGAGAAUGGUUCAUGAAGUUGCCAACCUCAUCCGUAGACAACUUCGAGCAAUUAAGUAAUGCCUUCUUGCGCCAUUUCAUAGGGGGGCAACGUCCAAAGAAGCCAGCAGACUACUUACUCACCAUUAGACAGGGAGAAAAGGAAACCCUGAGGUCAUAUGUCAAACGCUUCACCCGAGAGACUCUGGAGGUGGACGAAGCUGAUGACAAGGUGCAGCUGACGACCUUCAAAGCAGGAUUGAGGUCCAGAGAUCUCGUGGCCUCCCUCGCAAAGAAUCCGCCAAAGAUGAUGGCAGAAAUGCUCCUGAAAGCACAGAAGUACAUGAAUACUGAAGACGCUUUAGCGGCCAUAAAGGAUGCAAAGAAGCCAGGAGACAAGAUCAAGGACGAGCGUUACCUCAAAUGGCCAAGACCAUUGCACUCAUCCCCCAAUGUCUGCGACAAGAACAAGUACUGCCGGUUCCACAAAGAUCACGGCCACAACACGGAAGACUGUAGAGACCUAAAGGAGCAGAUAGAGGAGUUGAUAUGUAAAGGGAAGUUACAGAAAUAUGUGAAGAAGGGAGAAUAUAGUAAAUUCAGGGACGAUAAUAAAGGCCAGUAUGAAUCCUUUUCCCGGGAUGACGACCGUCCGUCCCAACCUCCACACAAAGUGAUCGGGGAGAUAAAGACGAUUACAGGAGGGUCAUUUUCAGGAGGAUCGUUUAAAUCACUCAAGAAGGCAUACCAAAGGCAGAGGAUCCUUGUCGACAAUGGCAGCUUCCCAGACAUCAUCUACCUCCCAGCCUUCCAGCAGCUGAGACUAGAUCCGAGGAGACUGUGCCCUUUUGACUCUCCACUCGUCAGCUUCAGCGGAGACAAGGUAUACCCCAAGGGCAUAGUGACAUUGACAGUGACGGCGGGGGCCUACUCGGUGCAGUUGACCCGUCAGAUAGACUUCUUAGUGGUGGAUUGCCCUUCAUCUUACAAUGUCAUCAUUGGGAGGCCCACGCUCAACAAGUGGAAAGCGGCAACGUCAACCUACCAUUUGAAGGUAAAAUUCCCAACAGAUAAUGGCGUCGGUGAAGUGAAAGGAGAUUAA